GGUCCGCGCAGCCGCAGCCGAUGAAGAGAAGAUGGUGUUGAUUAAGGAAUACCGUGUAAUUUUGCCUUGCUCAGUGGAGGAGUAUCAAGUUGGGCAGCUGUUUUCUGUGGCGGAGGCAAGUAAAAAUGAGACUGGAGGCGGCGAAGGCAUUGAAGUUUUAAAAAAUGAACCCUACGAGAAGGAAGGAGAGAAGGGACAGUAUACACACAAAAUCUAUCAUCUAAAGAGUAAAGUUCCCGGGUUUGUCAAGAUGAUUGCACCGGAAGGCGCCUUGGUGUUCCAUGAGAAGGCCUGGAAUGCAUAUCCCUAUUGCAGAACAAUUAUCAGUAAUGAAUAUAUGAAAGAUGACUUCUUUAUUAAGAUUGAAACAUGGCACAAACCUGACAUGGGCACAAUAGAAAAUGUUCAUGAGCUGGACCCUAAUACAUGGAAGUGUGUAGAGGUGGUACCUAUUGAUAUUGCAGACAGACGUCAAGUCGAACAUUCAGAUUACAAAACUGACGAGGACCCAGCAUUAUUUAAGUCAGUCAAGACUGGCAGAGGACCCCUGGGGCCGGACUGGAAGAAAGAACUAGCUGGCAACCAGGACUGUCCUCGAAUGUGUGCUUACAAGCUGGUGACCGUCAAGUUCAAGUGGUGGGGCCUGCAGAACAAAAUUGAGCACUUCAUCCACAAGCAAGAGAAGAGGAUUUUCACCAACUUUCAUCGCCAGCUGUUCUGCUGGAUUGACAGAUGGGUUGAGCUGACGAUGGCAGAUAUCCGGAGAAUGGAGGAUGAGACCCAAAAAGAGCUUGAAGAGCUUCGGAAACAAGGUCAAGUGCGAGGAACUAGUGCAGCAAACUCAGAAUGAGGCCAAUCGCUCACAGCGGUUACCUUCUCACAUCAUUUAGGGGUUUGUUACAAGAGAUCGGCAGUACUGUACCUCACCUGUUGAAAGCUAUAGAUAAAAAUACUCACUGUAAAUACCAGGGGCAGCAUUUUAAAAUCAAAACAAUCCAACGACUCCCAAUAAAAUGCACUGUAGCAACAAAAAAAAUACUAAUUGGUAAGAUCUACUCAUCCAGGUUUUGGACCAAUUUUCUUCCCCUUUUUUGUGUUUUUUUAUUUUUGUACGCUGUCAUCAGUUUUCUUGUUUAAUUUCUUUAACAAGCCCCCCCCCCCCAUUUACAUUUUCAACAUCUCUGCUUUGAAUCCAGGUUUUGAAUGUCAGCUUUACAGUUAUACUGAAGACUUGACUUUUUGUUAUUGCUCUCUCCUAGCUUAUGUAUUUCUGUUUGUUCUGCCUUUGGAUGCAAGUAAAUGCUGAGGACGGCUUUAAGCUUUUGAGUCUUCACUCAUGUAGUAAUCUUGGGCAGCCAGAGUUAAAUGAUUGCUGUCUGGGUUAGGAAACUGCAAAAGUACUGCCACAAGUGAAGCACAGGUAACAAGGUUUGAAGCGCUCGGGGUUAGCCUUUUCUUGUCUAUUUCUUUCCUGGACUUAAUCUCAAGCACUUGCCCUCAAAAUAUGCUUGAAAACUGCAUUAUUUUUUCAUGUGAUGAAAUAAGAGAUUUCAUAGGGGCUUUGCUUACAAAAUACAAAAUGCUGCUGCUGAUGACUCCAGGUGUUGGGAUCAAGUUCAUUAGAGCUGAAUUUGACAUAUUUAUUCAGGGAAAUAUUCCGAAAUGUUUUUGUAAUUAAGAUCCUCUAGCUUUUAAUAACAUUAGAAUUUCAAUAAAAAAGUGAAAGGAGACAUGCUUUGUGGCAGGGCAGUGCUUGAUGUCUGCAUUUAUCUUUUCAUACCAUCCUUGCUAUCCAAAUAGAUGGUGUUUCAUGAAAGGAUAUAAUGAGGAGACCAGUAUGUGGGACAGAAAUCUGCUUCUUGUUCAAACCCAGCCUGCAGUUUCAUCCUUGCUCAUUUACAAUGUGCUACGACAAGGGAGAGAGUCUAGGGAUAGAUAUUUUAUUUGUUCUUCAUAAAUCUAGCAGCAGUGUAUCUCAAUUCAACAUGCAUUUGAUAAUUGCUAUAGGCAACUGCACUUUUAUUUUUUGGAUGUUUGUUUUUUUUUAAUUUCUGUGGUUUUGAAGUUGUGUCACUCACUGGGUCAUCUCUUACCAUGAGGAUAAUACAGCUAUCUCUGUGUGCAGUAAUAAAAGUGGUUUUAUUAACUUUGAGUAACUUCCAAUUCAUCAAUAUCAGAGGUAUGUCUAUCCCUGGAAUAUCAGAUAUGCAGGCAUCACCUUUCCUUGACCAUCAUUGAAAAACAGAGUUUACUUUCUGUACAGCAUAAUUAUCAGGGGAGGGGGGUGACAAAUGUACAGUAUAAUCAUGUUUAAAAGGUACCUUACUUGCAAAAUUGACUACUGUUAAUUUUCUGAACUGUGGAUCAUUUUAAAUGUUUCUUUUUGUUUUUUUUUCGAUCAUCUGUGGAAAUUCAGGGGAAAUUUGUAGCGAAUGUAAAAUGUCAAACAUUUUUUCUUUUGCGGUUACACUUGUGAGCUGUAAGAGAUAUAGACAGUGGAACUAAACUGAAUAUCUAAUAAAUUUGAACACAAAA